CGUGUACGUAUAAUAAUAGGAUCGACGUAUUAAAACGUGUCAGUGAUAGAAGUAUAUAUCUUUACCAGAACCGUGCUUUACCCAUACCAUACAGAAGUACCUCUGAAAAGCGCAAUUGCAACUUUUCUUUAGUCAUCAUAAUUAUGUAAUUAUUUUCCACUGUUACAUUCAAGCAACCUGUUACUUUUUUGGCUGCCAUCUCGCUGAGCCACCAUUGGAUAUAAGGGGAGAUUGAAGUUUCUUUUGAAGUUCCUGAUAUAUCUCAUUGGAGAGUCCCUCGGUGACUGGGCGGGAUCAACCGAGCUAGAAAUGCUGGGGUACCUGCAAGAGCAACAUCACUUAAAAGUGAGGACUGGUGCGCUAUAUGGCAAGAUUAAUAUUUUUUUAGGGGGACAAAUAUCGAACACUAUUGGACUUACCUUCAUGAAGCAACAUGCUGAAAGAAAAAAUUACAGUCGAGCUAAACAGUCAGAAAAACGGAAGAAAAAAACCAAAUAUAAAGCCAUGAUAAGCUACUGGUCAGCUUUUUGGGGACUGUGGUGGAGUUCGUGCUGUGUUUUCUAUGCUGCUGGAAGCAGUGCUUUAUUUGAUAGCAGUAUCGAAAUCCAUUCAGGUUUCAUUCAUAGGAGGUUGAGGACUGACGAAAAGAGAGAGAUGCAGAGAGAGAUCCUCUCAAUCCUGGGACUGCCACAUAGACCCAAACCGCAUCUGUCAUCUGGCAAGUACAAUUCAGCCCCGCUGUUCAUGUUGGAUCUAUACAAUACCAUUUCAAACGAAGAGAAGAACGAAGUAGAGGGUUUUUUGGAUCAGUACAAAUCCAUCUUCACGACACAAAGUCCACCUCUUGCCAGUUUACAAGACAGUGCCUUCUUAAACGAUGCUGACAUGGUGAUGAGCUUCGUUAACUUGGUGGAGUACGACAGGGAGUUCUCACCUCGCCGACGGCAUCACAAGGAGUUUAAAUUCAACCUGUCUCAGAUUCCAGAGGGGGAGGCUGUCACAGCCUCAGAAUUUCGCAUCUACAAGGACUGUGUUAGCAAUGCCUUCAAAAAUGAAACCUUCCUCAUCAGCAUCUAUCAAGUGGUACAGGAACACAAGGGCAGAGAGACAGGUAUGUUCCUGCUGGACACACGGACACUGUGGGCUACAGAGGAGGGUUGGCUGGAGUUCGAUAUCACUGCCACCAGUAACCUUUGGGUGAUGAGCCCCAGACACAAUUUAGGCCUUCAACUCAGUGUGGAGACCAGCAAUGGCAACAGCAUUAACCCAAAGGAGGCAGGUUUGAUUGGGCGAGACGGCCCUCACGACAAACAGCCUUUCAUGGUGGCAUUCUUCAAGGUGACCAAGGUUCACAUCCGGACCACCCGCUCAGCACCUAACAAGCGCAGGCAACAGAGCCGCAACAGGUCCGCACAGCCACAGGACAUGCCCAGGAACCCAAACAUGUCAGGUUACAAUAGCAGUGACCAGAAGACAGCUUGUAAAAAACAUGAGUUGUAUGUCAGUUUUGGACAACUUGGGUGGCAGGAUUGGAUCAUUGCACCAGAAGGAUAUGCAGCAAACUACUGUGCUGGAGAAUGCUCAUUUCCCCUCAAUGCGCACAUGAAUGCCACAAACCAUGCAAUUGUGCAGACACUGGUCCACCUCAUGAAUCCAGAGAAUGUCCCUAAGCCUUGCUGCGCCCCCACCAAACUAAAUGCCAUUUCUGUACUCUACUUUGACGAUAAUUCAAAUGUGAUUCUGAAGAAAUACAAGAACAUGGUAGUCAGAGCUUGUGGUUGUCAUUGACAAAGAAGCCAGUGUCAGGAGCUCAUUGGAAUUGUAUCACAUGUUGUUUAUCCAAUUUUGUAGACUUCUGCUGCAGCACUGCUUUUGGGAAAACAAGCUUGAUCUACUUUACCCUUUAAUUUUACAGGAGUCAUGUGAGCCAGUAACUGGGAUGUUUCUUCUUCACAGGAAAAAAAAAGCCCACGUACAGAUCCUGUUAUUCUAAGAUGGCAUACUUCCAAAUGAGUUACAAUACAGGAAUGGUCCAGACAGAAUGAUCAUUAACUGCAACUCCUAAACGUAGAACUAAGGGGCAAGAUGAAUGUUGAUUCAUUUAAAAUGGAAAACGUUGUAUGUAUUUUACUUUUUGCCAAAGUUAUCAUUGUAAUAUUUUCAGUGAGGCUGUCUUGUCUAAUGUCUGUAUUUAUUAUAGUUUACUUGUUAUAUUCAUCCCCAGACAAUAGGCAAAAUACUUUUGAUAUUCUACUAUUCAGUUCAUAUUUUGGAAUCUUGCAAAGAAUGGUUUCUAAUGUGCAUUUACUGUUCUACAACGGGCUGCAAUUUUAAAAGAGGGUCUCUAGGUUUGGUACAAAUAUUCCAGUCCAAGAACAAAAAAAAGGGUUUACUGGGAUGCAAACAAAUGCUAAAUCACUGUCAAGCAGGAAACUUUUUUAUAUGUAUUCACUGCACUGGCCAUAUUCACAAAUAAUUUAACACUAUGCUGAGCUUGCAACAUUCGUAGCUGCAACAAAAGUGCAUGGAAGAGCCCGUAAAUGAACUUCCUGGGUUACUUAUUUUAAACAUCAACGUUCUGUUUUCUUUUAAACAAGAUUUCAUUAAUGCAUAACAGUAAAUACAUUGUGAAUAUUUAUUUUAAUCUUGUGUCAUAAAUAUGUAGGCUAUCACCCAAGAAAGUACUCAAAUUAAUGCCGGCUAAAAAGCGGUGGGCUUAGAUUAGCAAAUACCAUAUAUUGUUUUCAGCAACUAAUAAAGUCCUAAAUCUCUUGAACAUUAUACUUAUUAUACAUUAUAUUAAGAAACAAGUGUCACAAAUUGAUUACUAAGGUUUACCACAUCUUGAUUAUUGUAAGUUUUCCAUUCUCAUAUACAUUUACUGUAAUCAUGUUUGUUUUUCUAAACUCUUUGAAUAAAUCAUUUUUUACAACUUUGUGAUUACCCUUUAAGUGCAUCACAAGCAACAAUGACAUCAUUAACUUUGGGUCUGAAUGCAAUUGUCCAUUGAUAACUUCAGGCAUCAGCCAAUAGAGAACAAAUUAAGUACAUAGUGGAAACUGCUAUUUCAAUUUCAUUUAUAUAUGUGUUGACUAUAGACCAUGACAAAACAGAAAAAUCUCAGUGAAGUGAUGUUUACAUUUCAAUACAAAAUAUUUUGAUUUUCAAUACUUGUACAUUUUGUACUUAUUUAGUGCACUGAA